GAUGGAAGAGGAGCAGGAGGGGGUUUGUCUAUAAGUCCAGCCUUCUCCUCCACUCCUCCUCCUCUUGCUCUCUGCUGGAAAAGAGGGGGAGGGAGAUACAACGCUGCAGUUUCCACAUAGGAAACGGAAGAGAAGAAGCAGAGAAAAGUCAUUUCAAAACCCCGGAGCUCCGCUAAAGAGUCACUCUCUGUACAUUUCAGAGUGUUAUCUUAAAUCUAAACCCCCCCAUCAACUGCUUUCCCUCCUCCAGUUUUCUUUUUCUUCCUGUUUGUUGAGGCAAACAGCCCCCACCCUAAAGACCCACCAGAAGACUUCUUUAACAAAGAGGAGAUGCCCCCUCAGCCACAGGUGAGGAGAAGUUUCCAGGAAUUCCUCAAGAGCUUCGUUGGGAUUGUACGAGUCCUUCAGAUCCUGCUUGGAGCCGGGCUUUGGGUCACCAUCGCGGCAAACAAGUAUGAGGGCUCCAUUCACUUCGUCCUUUUCGUGGCUGUGUUCUUCUGGCUCCUAACGUUGGCCAUUUUCAUCCUUACGCUGCUGGACAAACAAGACCUUGUUCCCAUCGUGGGAGGAGACCGCUGGUUGUUAAGCAACGUGAUACAUGACAUUGCGGCCACGGCGCUGUAUCUGUCUGCAGUUGGGAUCAUGAUCUACAAAACGGAAAAGAACUCUUACUGCAACUUGGAGCUCUACAAACAUCACUGCUUGUACAAGGUCUACCUCACUGCCUCAGUCUUCGCCUGCCUCACGGCCAGCGUCUACCUGCUCUCUGCCAUCUACGGUUGCUGUAGGAAAUGUCGAGGGGAGCAGACCGUCGUGUAAAAAGCCAGCAGCGCCUCAGAGACCCUCAGGACGUCCUGUUACUGAGGGACGAGGAGCCUUAACUCUGGUUGCACUCGGCAAGCUUAUGGAGACCUGAAAACAUUUUCAUUUCUCUUAAAGCAGAGAACUCUUGCCUCAGGCUUUCAGGUUUGUUUGUUUGUGGCCUUUUAUACAGUAAUUUAAAGAGCUUUGUACGUGCAGUCGUGCAAAAAUGUCUGUGUUAUUUGUACGUUUUUGUUACUUCAGAUCUAUAUAUUUCUAACCAUUGUGAAGUUUGUAAAGUACCUGACAACCCAAAAAGCAGUUUGUUGCUUGAUGAAACAACGUAUCAAAGUUUCGACAAAGCAGCCCUUUUUCAAAAUCACUCAACACAGCAUGUGUACAUGUGCUUUACUAUUUGACAAUACAAGAACAAAUUACAUCACUUCACAUUUAACAGUUGUCUGACAAUAAUAUUUUAGAAUCGAAUAUUAUAUGUAACUAUUAGCAAACAGUCAAUAAAAAAAGAAAAGCUGACAUUUCA